AUGGUAAAAAAAAAAAAGGAAAAGGAGAAAAGCAAAGAAAUAGAGGAGAUGGAUAGAGAGAUCCAAAACGGUGCGUAUAGUGGGAGAGUGAUGACUGAGGAGCAGAUGGAGAUUCUCCGUAAGCAGAUCGCCGUUUACGCCGUUAUUUGUGACCAACUCGUCCUCCUCCACAACUCCCUCUCUUCUUACCAUCCACUCUCAUCAGGUACACUUCUCUCUGUUUUUGUUCCUGAUUAACAACAAUCACUUUUCUAUGUAUUUGAUUUUUUUACAAGAGACCAUUUGAUGAGCUUCUUUGUAUACGGUAGAAGAAGUGUGUAAGACGAAAGUGUUUAAACGCAGCGUUUUUUGCGAUGCAAACGUUGUUUCCAUUAAUACACUUGACCCAUUGAGACUUUAGUGUAAAAAUGUGAAAAUUGUGUUUGCGUUUGGUAUACAACUAACGAAAUCCAAGGCUUUUUUUUUCCCAGUGUUCGAUGCAUAACUUUGAAUCAAAUUUCAUAAUGUUUUAGACAUUCGAAGACAGUUUACCUACCGCUUAGAUAUCGAUUUAUCAUUGCUAAAGAUAUUUGUUAAUAUAGUUUAUGAUUUGCUUAGAUCGAACAAUUCAAUAUAUUAUUAAUGUUUAUUUUCUCUAGACGUAAGCUGAUUUGAGGGUUAUCAUGUCGUGGCCGAUUUUUAAGAAGCUUGAGUUAUUAGUGCUUUGUGGUUUUGAUAAUACAUAUUUUGUACAUGGAAGAAACUUAAGGGUCACGUCACUUAUUUUUUUAUAAUGAUUGAGUGUAAAAAAGGAGUGAGGCCAAUGGUUGGCGGAUACUUUGAUCCGAUGGGGGCAUCGUCAAGUUCUCAUAGGAUAUCGACUAGGCAUCGGUGGACUCCGACUUCAACACAGCUUCAGAUACUUGAGAGCAUUUACGACGAAGGAAGUGGAACACCGAAUCGACGGAGGAUUAGAGAGAUCGCGACGGAGCUGUCUGAACAUGGACAGAUCACGGAGACAAAUGUCUACAAUUGGUUUCAAAACCGGCGAGCUCGGUCCAAACGAAAGCAGCCUCAAACGACGACAGCUAAUGGUCAGGCUGACGAUGUGGCGGUGACAACGGAGGAAAGGAGGAGUUGUGGAGAUUCAGGGGGAUUAGAGUCUUAUGAGCAUAUACUCUUCCCAAGUCCUGACUUAGGGAUUGAGCAUUUGUUGAGUAUAGGGAAAUUUAUGGAGACUUAAAAUUCGUAUAGACUUCGAUGAAGAAGAUCUCUAAUCUAUUCUGUUUUCUUUUACUCUGUUUUCAUAAAAUAGAAUUGUGUGUGUUUGUGUGUGACAUUAACAACAAGUCUUCAAUUUUAUUAUAAUUUUGUGUUCCUCAACUU